AUCAACUCAGCACAAUAUCACUGACAGUGAUUCACAUUUGCCUCUCAACUCUGAUGGAUACGUUUUUAAAAAGUGCUGCCCACCACAUGAAAUCUUGUCUGGCAAAGGCUGUGUACCAGGAGGACCUGAUUAUGUUCCAAGUAAGACAAUGACUAGGCUGACGGAAACCCACUUUCCACAGAUCUCAUGGCCUGAAUUAGAAGGAAAAAACUGUAGUACAAUGUUAAAAACGGGAGAGGAAUCGACUCACUGGAUGGUUGGAGAGGACAAUAGCCUGUCUGUAAGUUCCACCUAUGGGGAUCAAACUGAUUACUAUUAUUGUGUGGAAGAUUAUAGAGAAAUGACAGGUACAACAGAAAGUGUAGCCAUAUUGUGCUUGAGAGACGUAGCCCACAUUUUACCGCCUAGAUUGCUCGAUCGUUUCAGCAAAGGUCUUCAUGUUGGAAAAUGUUGUCCGAAAGGAGAGUACCUCAGUGACUCCCUGUCUUGUGUCAGUAACAACACUCUUGACCUGCAUAUUGUCAAGGCGGAAGAGUUUGUGGCAGCUAAUGUUACGGAAAUCGAAGUGGCAGGACGCCCAGUCUGCAAUAGUAAUAAUGUGUCUGUUCUGCAUUACUUUCCUUUUGGCCAACUAUCAGAUUCAGAUUACGCCGGCUUUGACGAAGACCAGACCAUGAGUAUUUUCUACGUGGAGGAGAAUACUUUAGAAAACAGCUGCAUCCGAGAAAAGGUACAGGUCAGAAAAACAGAAUACUGCAUCGAUUAUGCAGAUGUUUACAACAACACGGACAUUCUGGUCUUAGUGUGUAACAAUUUUGAAUCAAAGUUCUUGAAGCAUCAGGAAAAGUUCGUCGUCAUUCCUGUUCUUCUGGGAUUCUCCUGCGCUGCGUUACUCGCCACAGUUCUCUUCUUGGUCACCGUCAGAGUAAGGCGUGAACUAUAUACCGUGAGAAAGAUUAACACACUUGCUGGGAGAAUCCUUCUGGCUUAUGUGAUGUCCUACUUCCUGGCCUUUCAAAUCCUGAUCAUUGAGUUGAGUGUAGUUCACGAUGAAGGAACUUGCACUGUGCUUAGUGGGGCCCUGCUGUUCUCAACCUUAGCUGCCUUCCUGUGGAACACGUCUAUCUCCAUGGAGUCGCUCGUCCUCACAAUAGGUAUCAGAAUGAAUGAACACCUGAGGUUUCUGUGCUACUGCUUAUGGGCCUGGGGUGUGGCAGGUGUCAUCACAGCAGUAGCUCUGACACUUGACUAUUACAGACCCAACUUGCCUUGUUCAGUCAUCACACCAAGGUUUGGGCAAAAGGAGUGUUUCUUCUCUGAUGCAAAAGCACAGCUGCUCUAUCUAUAUUUGCCAAUGUGCAUCUCCCUAUGUGCAAACAUUGUCUUACUGGCAGCGAGCAAACUUGUCAGACGUGCGAAACUUAGGCGACUUCAGCAAGGGCCAAAGUCUGACAAGGCAGAGAGACAGUCAUCGGGACUCAGGAAAUAUGAGAAUCGUAGCAUGUUUAGUGAUUCAUUGAAGUUGGUGUUCUGGGCCGGACUGACUUGGAUAUCAGAAGUUGCCUCAUUUGUGUAUGAUUCUUAUGUGGGAGUUUCUGAAGAGUGGUACAGCUACCUACUCUACAUCCCUACAGCGUUGAACACUCUUCGGGGAGUUGGAAUUUUCUGCGUUAUCGUGCUGACCUUAGAACAGCGCAAGAGAAUGUACAGAAAGGUUGCAAGGCUCUGUCCAAGGGUUGCAUCACUAUGCAAGGAAAGCCAGCAGGACUCAAGGACUAAUACUAUGCCUUCAGACAAGCAUGCUGCCUCCCAAUACAAAACAUCGUCUACUGAUGAGACAGAGGUAACAGUUACAAGACUCUGAGCCAGCACACACACUUGAGUAUCAACCCAAACUGGUCCCAGAUAUAAAAUUAAGUAUGACAGCACUUGCUCAUCGUUAUUGUAAUGAGUAUGCAGAUUGUGCACAAAUACUAAACACUAGAGCUAAAGGAACUGACCCCACAGAGAACCACAUACAAUAUUUACAAGACUCAGUCUUUAGGGAACCAUAUACAUUUACCAGAAGAAUCUUAUUGUCAAGGGCACCCGAAGUAAGAGCCAAGGCCCUGAGUCUAUAUGAACCAGAGCCAAUGGGCACAAGAUUCUGAGUCUUUAGGGAACCAUACAUAUUUACCAGAAGAUUCUGAGUGUCAAGGGCACCAGAAGUAAGUGACAAGUCUCUGUCUACAAAAACCAGAGCCAACGUACGCAGGAUUCAGAGUCUACAGAGAACUACAUACAACAGCCAUGAAACAUUACACAUUCAUUCCUAGGAUAUUAGAUCCUCAUCAGGACCAGCAAAACGAGCCUUAUAGUGAACUUCUAUUUUACAAAGGGACGUGUUGGCUUCAACACAGUAAGCCAUUUUCAGCCUAAAUAGAGACACACGUCAAAACAGAAGACGAUAUUUUAAAGGAGGCUCACACUCAAGAGAAAAGUAAGUAUUUAAAAAAAAUUGAAGAACUAUGUUACCAUCAAUACAAAAACCACACUACUCAGAGUGAGAAAAAACAGUGGAUUAAGCUAAUACAUUUCAGCAAAUGACAGUCACUGAUACUAAGAACAAGCUGUGAAUGCCAACUGGCCUUCACUGCACCAUAUACUGGACCUAACUCCUGUUCCAGUCCCUUGAUUCAACUUAUUCACAGUUUGACCUACCUCAACUGAGAGUUUGAUGUGAGAAAUGGCUGAUGGGGAAUGUGGGCACAUCAUGAUGUAGUCAGACCAGCCAAAUUUAAUAGUCACUACUGGCUAAUGCACCUAAUCAAGAUGCUUAGUAUGGAGACUGGAUUGAGAGUUGCCAAAAGUUACAUGGAACCAUCUAUUCCAGUUGUAAGGUGAACGAUUUCUUGUUUUGGUUAUCAAAAAAUAGCAGCAACAUCGAAACAAACGAAAAUGAAUAAACAUUCAUCUGGGAUUCAUCAAAUUCUUUCUCCUGGAAGAUGAUAUGAAAUUAAAUAAGCCAAUGCUUGUCCAACAUGACUAUAGCAGACGUUGCUUCGACUGUGUACGAAUACAGCGAAACGAUACUGAUUACUUGGCAUGAAAUUUGACGAGAAAAUCCGCCCCCC